UCUAUCCUUAAUCAAUAUGCCUCACAUUCCCAUCAUACUGUCAUCAGCGGCGCGUUAGGACGCCGUUACUCUCUUCUGCACGGUAAGGGUCCGAAACAUUGCUCCAUCGACGGAAACUACGAGCCUCCGGAGCUGACGACAUCCACCGUGUUCUACCGGAUCCCUUCACCGCGUCUGUGGGAUGGUGUGAAGCUCGUGCUCGUGCUCGGUUUAAUGUCGCUAGCGUCUGGUCGUGUUCGGGUUAUUUUAAGCUGAAAUGCUGAGCGAUGGCGCGCAGGGUCGCUCCGUGUUGUUGAUCUGGAGUUAAAGAUCGGGAUGUCGGAUGAGGACUCGCGUGCCAGCUCUGGGUCAUCCUCCUCUUCCUCCAGCCUUCAGCAGCAGGACAGAGACCCCGCUGGGAAAAAGAGAGACAGUAAAGCCAACAUGAGCAAGACCUCCAAACUCCUGUCCACCAGCGCCAAGAGGAUUCAGAAAGAGCUGGCUGACAUCAUGUUGGACCCGCCACCAAACUGCAGUGCGGGUCCUAAAGGAGACAACAUCUACGAGUGGAGGUCCACUAUCCUGGGUCCUCCAGGUUCAGUGUAUGAGGGAGGCGUGUUCUUCCUGGACAUCGCUUUCACACCAGACUACCCCUUCAAACCCCCCAAGGUGACGUUUCGCACGAGAAUCUACCACUGCAACAUCAACAGUCAGGGUGUGAUCUGUCUGGACAUCCUGAAGGACAACUGGAGCCCAGCGCUCACCAUCUCCAAAGUGCUGCUGUCCAUCUGCUCUCUGCUCACAGACUGUAACCCAGCUGAUCCUCUGGUAGGAAGCAUCGCCACGCAGUACACAACCAACAGACCGGAGCACGACAGGAUAGCCAAACAGUGGACCAAACGCUACGCCACAUAGUGUCCUCUGACCGCCUGUCGGACAUCGGGGGGAUAUGGGGGGCGGGGGCAUAGGGUAGAGAUAGAGGGUGGAUUUUAUGAUGGAAUUAAAUGUUUCUUUCCCUGCAUUGUUUUUGUUUUGUUUUCUCUCUCCUUGGCUCAAGUAGCAUCAUGAUUUGACAAAACUGUAUCUUAAUGUGUGUCGUCUUUGCCUUCCUGUUGUAAAUUGGUUUUAUUCGUCAAAUGAAGUCACAGCAUGAGCCUAGAGCAAGAUUGUUCCAUGUGUGUAUUUUCCCACCAAUAUUAAAGUAGACAUUGGUGUACGGAGUCGUUCGGGACGGUUCAGUGCAAGCCUUCAGAGGGAAACACUGAUGGUGUAUUUCUGGUUAAAGCCUGUCAGGAACAUCCCUGCGGUUAUAGUGCAUCUGGAAAUAUAUCAAGGAUGGUUAUGAAUUUUCUGCAUUGUGAAAUCUCAUUUUUAUUACAGUAAUGCAAAUAAAAAUCAAGAAUUUAUACAUUA